AUGUUGGCUGCUGUGGAACAUGGUCCCAUCCUCUGCAGCGACUCCAACAUCCUCUGCCUCUCCUGGAAGGGCCGGGUCCCCAAGAGCGAGAAGGACAAGCCGGUGUGCCGGCGGCGCUACUAUGAGGAGGGCUGGCUGGCCACGGGGAAUGGAAGAGGGGUGGUGGGGGUAACGUUCACAUCCAGCCACUGCAGGAGAGACAGGAACACCCCUCAGAGAAUCAACUUCAACCUGCGAGGACACAACAGUGAGGUGAGUGGGCCGGCUUUGUCAUUUUUGCGUUUUCAAUAUCUUAUUAGGCAGAGAACUGGGCAACCAUUAGAACAUAAUUUGAUGUGUGUUAGUGUGAAGUAUGUACAGUAUGUAGAUUUAUAUAUGCAUAUUCAAUAUUUUCUCUGAUACCGUCUGAUAACUUUAAAUUAUUGUGUAGCUUCUAGGUCAUACUGAGUAUUUUUUGUCAGAGCUCACAUCUGUGCUGACUGUACCAUCAGAAACUGGGGUGGAGAAAAUUCACUGUUUUGUUAUUUUUCCCAUCAGGACAGUGUAGGCCUAUUUCAUGUGGAAUAUUGAACUGUAUUCCACAUUCACAUUCCUAGACAGCCCCCUGUGUUGGUGGAGUGGAAUAGCAGUUGCAUUGUGUUUUCUCUACAGGUUGUGUUGGUCCGUUGGAAUGAGCCCUUUCAGAAGCUGGCCACGUGUGACAUGGAGGGAGGCAUCUUUGUUUGGAUUCAAUAUGAGGGACGGUGGUCUGUGGAGUUAGUGAAUGACCGCGGUGCCCAGGUAAGUUUGUACCUGCCCAGGUAAGUUUGACGUCAUCAGCACACACACAUUAUCAUUGAUCAUACAAAGGCACAUUUCAUAGGAAAUGCACGAUCAUCAUCAUCAUCAGAGUAAUAUAUGAAUUGAUGGGUAGAAUAUUAGUUAAAGGAUAAAAAAAAUGUUAAUAUUUAUUUGUAUUUGUGAAAAGAUCAUGUAUUGAUGGAUGUAUGUUUACUCUUACCUCUCUCCUCUUAUCUCUCUCCAUCAGGUGAGUGACUUCACAUGGUCUCAUGACGGCACCCAGGCCCUGAUCGCCUACCGUGAUGGGUUUGUCCUAGUGGGGUCAGUCAGCGGACAGAGACACUGGUCCUCAGAGAUUAACCUGGAGAGCCAGAUCACCUGUGGCAUCUGGACACCUGAUGACCAACAGGUAAACCGCCUCAAUCAAUCAAUACAUCAAAUGUAUCAAUAAAGCCUUUAUGACACCUAAACAAAACAUUGUUACAUGUAUUACACUUUUACAAACAGAUAUAGAAAUACACAUGAUGUGUUUGGCAUACAUUAUAUUAAAUAAUCUGUUGGUUUCCAGGACACAGAUGACGUCUAGUCCUGGACUAAAAAGCAUGUUCAAUGGACAUUAUUUCGUUCUUAGUCAAAGGCUUCAUCUGCGUCCAGGAAACUGGCUCCAUAAAUGCGUUCUCUCAUAAAAAUGAUUCCUGCCCACUGUACUUCAGGUGUUGUUCGGUACGGCUGAUGGUCAGCUGAUAGUGAUGGACUGCCACGGUCGUAUGCUCGCCCAUGUCCUCUUGCAUGAGUCAGAUGGCAUCGUCGGCAUGUCCUGGAACUGUCCCUGUUUCCUGGUAGAGGACAGCACAGAGAGCGACACCGACUCUGAUGACAAUAACCCACCUCAAGGUAAGAUCAUGAAUUAAUGAUUAUGUAAGACAGUGUGCCUAUUUAGAUAAUGUGAGCACUGAUUAUUUGGGCACAGAUAUCGACACUGACCAUAAUGACAAUAACCCACCUCAAGGUAACACAUUGUUUUAACGCUAAAACAAAGAACAAGGGAAUCCCUGUCUUAUACCUCUCUCUUUAAUGUACCUCUAACGUAUUUUGACCCCUACUGUGAACACUAGGAUUGUGCACUAUGAUGGCGACAGUACAUUGACCAGUAGGCUAACGUGUUUAUUUCUCUCUCCCCUAGUACGUAACCUGAAGCCCCUUCUGACAGUCAGCUUCAUAUCAGGAGACAUCAGUUUGAUGAACAACUACGAUGACCUCGCUCCUAUCGUCAUCCGCUCAGGACUCAAAGGUCAUUACUUUAUCCAUCUUCUAUGUGUGAGCGAACCAAAUUCGUAAAGUGAAGCACUUUGCUGUCCGUGAGAGAAAUAAUGUACUAGGAAACCCACCGCUGUGUAAUAUAAAAGAUACUCUACAGUAUGAAUGUGACUGGAGCCUCUCCUCUUCAGAUGUGGAGGUCCAAUGGUGUUCGCAGGGGGACCUCCUGGCAGUAGCUGGGAUGGAGAGACAUGGGCUCCCUGGAGUCCCCUCUGACUCUAUCAUGAGGAACGCCCUGGUCAAGUUCUACAACGUCCAAGGAGAACAUAUCUACACGUUAGAAACACCUGCCCAGGUGAGCUCCCCUCUGAUUCCCUCCUCUGAAACGUUAUAGUGUGAUAUUUACAAACUGGUUGUAAUCUGUUUGCAUGGCAUAAUUUCAACCAGUUUUUCCUUCUGGGUAGGUCCUCUAACACGUAUAAGUCAAAGUCUAUAGGUCAUCUGAAAUCUUCAAUCAAUACUAACAGGAAUUAAACUUAAUAUGAAAUGUAGUCUUGCCACACUUCCAAGUCUCGUUCAGUUCAGUCGGCUAUGGAGAAAACCGGAAAUCAAGGUUCCAUAAAAUGUGAAUACAACAUGGCUGACUGGGAACCUGCCUUGUCAACCUUUGCCUUGCAGCGCCCCAUCACCACCAUCUGCUGGGGCCACAGAGACUCUCGUCUGUUUCUGGCAUGUGGCCCGGUGCUGUACGUGGUGCGUGUGGAGCACCGGGUGGCCAGCCUGCAGCUGCUGUGCCAACAGGGCAUCGCCAGCGCCCUGCGAGAGGAGAGGGACGUGGGCAAACUCAACAUGCCCUCCAUACUCUGCUCCUACGUCACCACCGCCUUCAUACCCACCAUCAAGGUAGAAGGAGCUUUAUUCAGUUGGCUACUGUAGGUUACUAUCUCAGCUCAAAGACAUCUGGACUUGGUUGUAACCCUUCAAUGUUUGUAGAUCUGUAAGGUGCAAGGGAUAUGCUGGAAGCUCCAUCACUACCCUGAUUAUAACUAUCCAGAUUCUAAAGAUCUAAAGAGCUAAGGGGCCAAGGGGAAGGAGUAGGGGCAGGGUGCGAAUUGGGACCAACUGUUAAUGCUCUUCUCUUGUUUCUCUAGCCUCCCAUUCCUGAUCCCAACAACAUCCGGGACUUUGUCAGCUACCCCACGGCUGGCAACGAGAGGCUGCACUGCACCAUGAAACGAGCGGAGGACAACCCUGAGGCAGGGGACCCGUACCCCUACCUGGACACCUAGUGCCAUCUCACAACGCAUCAAAGCUAGCCGAUCACAGACAACGGACGCACAGGUGGGCUUGGCACAGGAAAGUUUUAAGAGUUUUAAAAAAUGAUGUAGUUAGCACAAACAGCUCAUUUAGACGGAAUUUGAUCAAGGUGGCUACUAUUGUUGUUCAGAAGUAAAUGCAAGUCACCUGUUCAGGUUGAGUAAAUAUUUUCUUGUUGUUUGUAGUUGUUGUGUUUUAUUCAGACGAGGUUGUGUGCUCAUAUCUCUAUGACCUGUACUGUCGACUCAGCGACUGGUGGGAUGAGUGGUCGGAAAUCGCUCCUCCAGACGGUCGCAUUCAGCUUUAAGUCUUAGAAUGACGUUAAGCUUCCCAUUUCACCUAUCCUACCAUUACCUGUGCUGAUCAUCUAAACAAAGCUCAGCUCGAAUAUGUAUUUAUCUUUGAUUUUUCAGUGUGACGACAGGUUUAUGAAAAAAUUUCUUUUGCUUAUUUGCCAUGGUUUUGUUGUUUCUGGGUAGAAGACAUGGAAUUAGAAAUCUCCAAGUCUAAUAGUCAGGGGGCUGAUCGCAAGGUUACCAACAAAAAGCCGUUCUCCAGGAAAGAUCCAUGGAUGAAUCUCUAGGUAAUGUGUAUGUGGACUAGUUUUAAUGGGGAGGGGUGAAACUUCUGUUCGCUAGUAUUUGACUUCCACCCCGAAAGUAAAUCAGUUAGUAGGUAGCACACAUGAGAUUGUCUGGUUAUGAGCAGUUCAUUGGAUUAUUUUGACCAAUUGUACCCAUCUGCCUCUAUUGCUGUUUUAAGCAUAAUACCUGCUCAAGCACUCCAAUGGGGGACAAGUUCAAAAUGUGGGACUGCUUCUUCUUACUGUUAAUCUGGGCAGUAGAUCACCAUUGGAAGAAAACAUUACACAUAAUCACCAUGCCAAUUUGUGUUUACUUUUAAUUUUACUUAUGUGAUGCAAUUUCCUUUGCCAUUUUCUUCAAAUUUGACCAAUUGUUUCUCUCAAUUCAGUUAUCUGACCAUGUCCACUACACCAGGCAGAUGACAAUCACCUUCCGAGUUGCGGAGGCAUACAUGAGCUGCGGUCUUAACCCAACGUCUUGAGGUGAGGAUACUUGCCAGGUUGAUGAUUAAUUUGGAUUCAUGGAUUUUCAGUUAUUAGUACGAUUUCAUGAAUUUGAGAUUAUUAUAUUUGGGGAUCGUGUAUGAGUUCGAUCUGGUGUAUGUGUGAAUGACCUAUGAUCUCCUAUCAACAUGACUGACAGCUGUAACUGGUUUCCGACUCCAGCGACAUUGAGUUGAGUGAUGAGUGGGUCGGGGAAGAAAGUCGCCUAAACCUCUCCAGCUCAGAAACAGGUCUCCCAAGCAUUCAAGGUAUCCAUGCCAACAGCAGCAGCAACAACAGAUCAGCAGCACAGCACUGCACAACAGCCCACAACAGCGCUGCACACACACAGCAGCCAACACACACUUGCACAGCAGCAAUCGCUCAGCAGCACCAACAGAUGCAACUACAACACGAGCAAAUGCAUCAGCAGCAGCAACAAAUGCAGCAGCAACAACAGCAGAUCCGACAGCAGAUUAUAGAGAUGAGACAACAACAGCAGCAGCUGCAGCAGCAGCAUCAGCAGAUACAACAACAACACCAACAGAUGCAGAGGCAGCACCAACAAAUGCAGCAGCAACUGAAGCUGCAGAUCACCUUGCCCCCUCCGCCUACUGGCUACCCCACCAUCUCCCUGCAGCAGUUUCAGGUACCCCACCCCAGUCCUGAGUCGGGGCCAGAAAGAGGACAGCAGGGGCAUACUCAGAGCCAUACUCUGGGCAGGCCAAGUCUACCGCGGUCCAGGCCUCCAUCAUUCAUUGAUGUAGACAGCAUACGGUCUAGACCUCCUUCCUUCCUCGAAGCAGACACAUCAAGAUCUAGACCGCCGUCAUUCAUCGACAUAGACACAAUACGGACUAGACCUCCUUCUUUCAUUGAUGUAGAUACCGGUACAUUGCGGUCUAGACCUCCGUCUUUCCUCGAUGCGGACUCCUCCCGAUCCAGAACUCUUUCAUUCAUAGACACAGACACACUACGGUCUAGACCUCCUUCCUUCCUCGAUGCAGAGACUUCCGUUGAGAUCCAGAUGAGGAAAGUGAACCCUCCACCGCCCUACCCAGGAACUGUAGUAUCUGCAACCACCGUUACAACCUCCACCGCUCCUCAGACCCUCAUCACCAACUGUGACAACCCCAACAUCCUGGUUACAGCAGACCCGUGUCUGAAGAAAGACGAGUUCUCCCUCCACCCAGUUGGUCUCCAGUACCAGAUGGGAUACGAGAGAAUCACGACCUUUGACAGCAGUGGGAAUGUAGAGGAAGUGUGUCGCCCUCGCAGAAGACUCAUACGCAACCAGAACGCCUACGCUGUUCAAGGCAUGGGAGGUUCGGCCACACUUAAAGUCACCUCAUCGUCUGAGAGUAAGAAAGUCCAUCUUCCUUACAGCUCAGCGACUCUAAGCCGCCUCUCAGUGCCACGAUACUCCAUACCCAGCAGAGACCCGCCCCCCUACCCAGAUCCAGCCAAUCAGGUUAACAUUAACACGACAACACUUCCUCCUCCCCAACGCAUGGACAGUAGUCACAUGAUUCACGCUACGUUGCGGCGUGACAGGCGAGACGUGGAAUCCCGCUUGAAGGUGUCCCAGAUGGUUGACGCUUCAAGGACUCUACCGUCCAAGUCUAAGAUCAACAGUGCUGCCCUAGCGCUCUCUUACCAGCAGAGGGUGCCUACAGCUCUGUAUACCUGCACUCAGUGCAGCAGCAACAGCAGCAGCACCAGUGUCAGUGUUAGCGGUGGUGGUAGUAGCAGCAGUGGCAUCGCAGGAGGCACUGUGGUGCGGCAGGAUUUCCCACCAGGAAAAGGUGCUCAUCACAGCACCAUCAUUGUCCACUCCAAAAGUACUUCGCCUCUAGCUUCUCAGUCGUCGUACAAUCUGCUGAGUCCUGUUGAUAACAGCAGGGAUAGGACGGUGUACGUGAACUCUGCCUUUACUGAAGACGAGACAUUAAGUCAGCAGUGUCGUCACUUGACUCUUGGGGAGGUUAGUUUGACUCUGAAACGUCCUCCACCAUACCAGUGGGACCCGAACACCGCAGAGGAGUUCUGGAUACCUCAAGAACAGACUAUCUUAGCUCCCCCUCCACCACCAACGCACAAACCACCACCCCCGCUCAUCUUCAGCAAUGCUCAGCACCUGGACAUGACGCGGCUGCCUUUCCUACUCUCAACAAAACCUCCCAGCAGCCCAAGCACUGUUACUUUCCCAUCAGGUUACCAGAUCUCCCUGUCACCUUUCCCUCCAGGGGGAGGUCAGGGUGGACCCCCACUCCAGUCAAUGCAGAGCCCUCCACCACCCUGCCCUCCCAACGAAGUAGUUGCCCCAGUCCCCCAGUUCACCCCACAGGACCCCAACCUGGUCUUGCCACCUGGAUACCCUCCCAACCUUGCCAACCUGGCUUGCUGCCCUCUGCCCCCGAUGUACCCAGGAGCCAGCUCCUGUGCCGGGCUUCAGCUGCACCCUGUUAGCCUGCACCCCUGGAACCCCUACAGCCUACCCAUGCAGGACCCCUCAGGCUCUGCCACCCUCCCCAUCAAGUCUCAUCAGUUGUUAGAGAAGCCAGUCCUCUCCCCACCUCCUCCUACGGUUCCUCCUCCCCCACCUCCUUCACUUCCUCCUCCUCCUCCACCAACCGAGCUGCCAAAACCCAAAAGCCCUACAGAGGAGCUGGCGGAAUCUGCCAGUAGCUUCCAGGAGCCGUCUUCUCUAAACGAAAGCCCUGUUCCAGACCGGCAGGGGUCCGACAGGUUCAGCAAGAAGAGUCGUAAACGUCUGGACAGCCGAGCUGAGGAGGCAAACAUGACCACCGUCUCAGAGGGAAAAUCCAAAAAGGAAGGGCGCGCCCUCUCCGACUUCAACUCCCUCAUCUCCAGCCCCAGGCUGGGUGGCAGGGAGAAGAAGAAACCCAAAGGCCAGAGGGAGCAGCUGAACAAAACCAAGAAGCUGAACAGGACAAGUACCACCAGCGAGUUCCAGGACAGUUCGGAGAGUGAGCCCGAGCUCUUCAUCAGCGGAGACGAACUGAUGAACCAGAGCCAGAGCUCCAAGAAGGGCUGGAAGAGUAAGAGGAGCCUGAGGAUGGCCAGCGAACUGGAGGAGAUCAAGUGCAGGAAGGCCAAUGAGAGAGAGGACCGCGGGCUGGGCAGCCAGGGAUUCGUCUACGUCAUGGCCAAUAAGCAGCCACUGUGGAACGAGGCAACACAGGUCUACCAGCUGGACUUCGGAGGACGGGUCACUCAGGAGUCUGCUAAGAACUUUCAGAUCGAGCUGGAUGGCAGACAGGUAAGAUUUUGCUUUUAUUAUUUACAGAAACAUUGAUGAUUCGUUAAUAACGGCACUUUUAUAUAAGUUAGAAUGCUAAAAUCAGUGUAGUAUUGUGGUUGCUUUAAAUAUAUGUUUAGGCUCCAGUCUCUCUGUAGACCUGGGUUCAGAUUUCACCGCUGACACCAACUGUCACAUUGACCUGUUUAUGGCUGAGCUGAGUCAGUACUUAUUGAGCUCCAGGCAAACAGAUGCGAUGCAAACAGGCCUUCCUCAAAGCUUUAUUUCUGUUUCCCAGAUUUUUUUCACCCUGUCUUUCUACAGGUGAUGCAGUUUGGCAGAAUCGAUGGGAACGCCUAUAUCCUGGAUUUCCAGUAUCCUUUCUCAGCAGUGCAGGCCUUUGCUGUGGCCUUAGCCAAUGUUACUCAAAGGCUGAAGUGAGAGACUGCUCUAUCCCCGCACCACAUACAGUACCAGUCAAAAGGUUGGACACACCUACUCAUUCCAGAGUUUUUCUUUAUUUUUACUAUUUUCUACAUAGUAGAAUAAUAGUGAAGAUAUCAAAACGAUGAAAUAAAACAUAUAGAAUCAUGUAGUAACCAAAAAAGUGUUAAACAAAUCAAAAUAUAUCAAACCAGGGGGUCUGUAGUGACGCCUCAAGCACUGAGAUGCAGUGCCUUUGACCGCUGCGCCACUCGGGAGCCCAUGGUCGAAUUGCUGCAAAGAAACCAC